UCGUGAACCUAGGAGAGGAGGUCAUUCUGACUUUGCUACGACAAUCUGGCGCUUCUGAAUCAGAUACUGUAAGUAUGUUUUGUUAUUAGUUUAAUUAUUUGCUAUUGACUUUAAAUGUGGAAUUUUGCACGUCGUGUGUGUAUGUGUGAGACAUAGAGAGCGAGAGAGAGAGAGGUGUCACACAGUGGAGUCAGCUGUCUUAACCGUCCAUGGCUUGUGUACUGCAAACACAUACGAGCUUCAUCAAAGCAUGCCAAAAUAUUCUUUUACACCAAAUAAACAAAAUAAUGAUCUUUUAAAUAGCAUCAUAUGACCCCUUUAAUAAUUAUUUCAUUAUUUUGUUUGACAGCCAGGCAAGGAGGGAGAGAGGGAGAGGAAGGAAAGAGUUAAAAAAAAACUAAAAACAUAGAGUUUCUUGGCAAGGGGAGGGCAGAGGAACACAAACUGUGGGUGGACCCCUGUGACAAUGUCAGGCACCUAAACCCUCCCUGGUCGAAAAACACUAGUACCAUGAAUGCUUACAGUGGUUAGUACUGCUGUAGAUCCAGGAGACUGCUAGUUUAAGUUUAAUUCCAUCAAUAAUACAGGCUUACGAUGAAUAAUACCAGGUGGACAAGGACUAGUAGUCUGUUUAUUGUAGGUAAAGAGGACUUGUGUCCAGACCCCUGCUUUGCUGUUCCAGACAGAAAAACCCACAACGCCAAGAAAGGAAUGUUUAAUCCCACACCAGACACUUGGACAUGUCCCGACCAGUUUGAGAGAGAUGGGUCGUCUGAACCAUCACCCCAGACUUUGAGGAAGCCACCUGGGCAUCUGAAGUUGGCACGCAGCCUUUCUAAAUUAGAAUGCGACCUGCUGGCUUCCCCUCAUUGUGAGGACGACGGGCUUCUUAAUGGCCGGAGCGAACCCCUGUCCAACUGCGCUGCUGAGAGGAAGGAAAUGGACCAGAUGUCAUCGUUUGCCUCUGAAUGGGACGAGAUUGAAAGGAUCAUGAAUCUAAUUGCUGGCACCGAGAUCUCCAAGGAGCAUCAACCUGCAUCUGAAGAUGCAGCUGGGAGCCGCGUGCUGGAGCAGUCAGUGGGGGAGUGGUUGGAACACGUGGGCUUUCCUCAGUACGAGAGCAAACUGCUGCUCAAUGGCUUUGAUGAUCUGCGCUACAUGGGGAGUAACGUGAUGGAAGAUGAGGACCUUCAGGAAAUUGGCAUCACCGACCCAGGCCACAGAAAAAAAAUCCUUCAUGCAGCGAAAAGCCUUCCAAAGGUGAAAGCUCUGGGGUGUGACGGCAGCACCUCUCUGUCUUCAUGGCUGGAAACUCUAGGUCUUGGAGAGUAUCUGCACAACUUCUUGUCUAGCGGCUACCGAACCCUGGACUGCGUGAAGAACCUGUGGGAGCUUGAAAUUGUUAACGUGUUGAAAAUUGGCCUUCUUGGUCACAGAAAAAGAAUCAUAGCCUCGAUAGCAGAGCGACCGUAUGAGGAAGCACCUUCAAAAUCCAACCGCUUUUCCCAACUCAAGAUUCAGGACUUGUUGUCUCAAAAUACGUCACCGCUCAGUUAUAUGGAUCCGUACACCAGUCGCUCCAUGGAUAUGUUGUUUCCGCUGGGAGAAUCAGGCAGAAAGAGCCGAGCGUUGGAUCAGGAUGGCAGUAUUUCCCUUCGCUCCUUCGGUGAAAGAUCGCGCUCCCAUGACCGUCAUGUGGAUCGACAUUCCCGUCUAAGUAUUCGCCCUUCCAGCCACUCUGCCACAUACACCACAGUCUCCACCUGGCACCAUCACCCUGAGAAACUCAUCACCGAGUCCUGCGUUUAUGAGGCUAGAUAUUUAGGGUCUGUGAUCAUCCGAGACCUACGAGGAAUUGAAUCUACACAGGAGGCCUGCGCUAGAAUAAGGAAAUCAAAGGAUCACCGGAAAGGUCCCGUCAUAAAACUGAAUAUCACCUACAGAGGAGUCAAAUUUGUUGAUGCAGCAACCAAGGUGAUGGUUGCAGAGCAUGAUAUCCAGAACAUCUCGUGUGCGGCCCAGGAUCCGGAUGAUCUCUGCACAUUUGCUUACAUCACAAAAGAUCUGAAGUCUGGUUACCACUUCUGCCAUGUCUUCACUACAGUAGAAGUGACACAGACCUAUGAGAUCAUCCUGACGCUGGGACAGGCGUUUGAGGUGGCAUAUCAGAUGGCUCUCCAGGCACAGAAGGCCCGUCGUCACAGUUCAUAUGCUGGCCCAGCCUCCGAAAACAUAGAAACCAAGACCACCAGGCCCACCUCUCAGUCCCGCAACAGUAUGCGCCGCUCCACCGGUGCACCUGUGCUUGAAUGCUGCUGCUGUUACUGUCACACGUGCUCCACCCACCGCCCCUCCUACCUCCCGCUGCCCUCUAUCAGCCCUGGAGUUCAGCUGACUCCACCUUUCAAGUUUCCGGACACCAAGGUGUGAAUUGAAGGGGACUCAGGUGAAACUUUAUGUGUGAGUCCAAAUGAGGAAGAAAUUGAGUGAGUAUGCAAGAGAGAAAGAGAAAUGCAAAAUUAGCACUUAACUGCCGUACCAAACAGACUGUCCAAAGUGUCUCCUACUGCAAAAAUAAACUUGAAUACGGACAUUACUCAGCCGAUAAACAGAUUUGCUGGUGAUGAGGAAAUGGACGUUACACAUCGAUAAUAAAAUAUGAAUCAGCAUGAUAUUCAGUUUGACUGAUUCUCACAAAGCAAUGUCAUAUUUCACCCCAACAUCAAAAGCAAGAUGCU